AUGCCUAAUCGAGGAGGAAGGAAGAGGAAACCUGCUGCUCCUAACGUUUCUCAGAGAGUCGGAGCGUCAACAGCAAAUAAACGGCCGCACAGUCUACCCAAUCAGUACAACUUCACGCCGGCGGUCCAAUCUCCUCCUCCGCUGCAGACGCCUGAAGUACAACGACAGUCAUCGGCGGCCCAGAUCCGGAACUAUCCUCCGCCUCAACAGCUUUUUCAGAACUCCUACACUCACCCACCGCAGCCUACAGUGAACCCGACCCCUUCUCAAGAAGUCCACUACAAUCCGUCGCAUCCUCCGUCUCAACAGCUUUUUCACAACUCCUACACUCACCCACCGCAGACUACAGUGAACCCGACUCCUUCUCAAGAAGUCCACUACAAUCCGUCGCAUCCUCCGCCUGCUCUAGUUGACCCUCCGCCUACUCUAGUUGACCCUCCGCCUUCUCCAGCUGAAGUCUCUCAGACUCGCAGUCAUCGAGGACACAUUGCGGGCUCUGAAUGCACUGCUUCUAGUGCCAAACAGACAUGA